AUUAUUUCUAUUUUACAGAUGAGGAGACCAGCAUAGGGAGGUUAGGGUACUGCUGGUCUGCAGGUACUAGCGAGCCAGCCAGAUGUGUCUGGCCUGUGGAUUCCACUCUAUUUCCCUUUGGGGUAGUUUGCAGAGAAAAUAGAAUCUUAAUAGAGGCCCUAAAAGGGGGUUCCUACUGAUUCUUCACAGUAAGCAGGGCCUUGGGCACAGUUAUCACUUUUCAUUUCCAGCUUUUAUUAGGAGAAUCCUGCCUGCCUUUUUUUUUUUUUUUUUGGUUUGUUAGGCAACAGUGGAUGGGAGGAAACUUCAUUUCCCAGGUUCUGGGAAGUAACAGAGUGAGCCCUGGAGAAAAGCAGCGCCAUUGUGGGCUCACAGUGAUUCAGAAGAUAGAGCCUCAGAUGCUCUUACAGAAAUGGGUUUUCUCUUCUUUUCACUUUUCUGCCUGAGGCUGCCGUUUGUUUUCUUAAGCAAUAGAGUAACCAUUAUGUAAUCUAUACAAUGCUUCCUUCCCUUGGGCCCAAGUUAACUGUGCCUUCAACAAUGCGGAGUGUCUUUUCAUGUUGGCAAAGAGUUUACAUAAAGCUAGUGGGAGUCCUAAAUUAAACUGCCAAAGCAAAGGCAAACAAGCUGGGGUUUCUGGGCUUCUCCAGACACUGCAGAGACAACAUCCCACAGCACAGGCAGCUGAUUUGUUGAAACCAUCUUGUGCUGGUGCUGGAUGCAAGCGUGCUGUGCUCUGUGCAGAGCAUGCAAUGCCCUGAACAUAGUGGCCAGGUGAAAGGGCACUGUUCAGAGCCCACCCCGCCCCUUACCUCUUUUCUACCCCAGGAGACACAUUUAUCUCAAGAGAAAUGAAACAACAGUGGAGACCCACAUGGUAGGUGGUGACUACUGACAAGGGAGCUUUGGUAAAUGGCCUAGUUUGAUUUCUCUUGUGAUGAACCAAAAGCAAGUUGCGGGAAGGAAAGGGUUUGUUUGGCCGGUUUACUGAUUACAAUCUGCAAGCAAGGAAAGCCAAGGCAGGAACAGGUAGGAACUGCAGAAGUGAACAUGGAAGAAUCCUGCUUACUAGCUUUCUUUCUCUAGCUGGCUCAGGUACCUUUCUUAAUACAGCCCAGGCCAACCGCCCACAGAUGAUACGGCUCUUUGAGGACUGGGCCUUCCUACGUUGACUAACAAUCAAGGGAAUGCUUCAUAGACAUGCCCAUAGGCCAGUGGUUCUCAGCCUUCCUAAUGCUGGGACCCUUUAAUACAGUUCCUCAGGGUGUGCUGAACCCCAACCAUAAAAUUAUCUUUGAUGCUGCUUCAUAACUGUAAUUUUGCUACUGUUAUGGAUCAUAAUGUAAGUAUCUGAUAAAUAUGCGUCCCCUGUGAGGAUCUCAUUAGACCCCCAGAAGGGUUACGAUGCGUAGGUUGAGAACGUCUGGCACAGGCCAGUCUGAAUGAGGCAGCUUUUCAGCUGAGGUUCCUUCUUGUCAGGUGUGUUGGAGUUGGUGCUAAGUUGUCAAAAACUCCAACAAGUAACUUAGGUGCUGUCAGUUUCUUCUUUGAGUUCUUGUGUAUGUUUUCUCACUUUCAGUUUUCUGUGUGUUUCCCUUAUGUUCUCUGCUUACUGUUCUGGGUCACAGACGAAGAGCAAUUCAAAGCGCGGCCAUUGGUAGACCUCCUCUCCUUGGAUUCACUCUCAUUGGUUCUCAGCUGUGGAAUUUUGGAAUUCUGAUGACCCUGAACGUGGCAGAAUGGUUUGGAGGGGGUCUAGAAAAGGUGUGAAGUCAAGCAGGCCAUGAGAAAUGCCUGUGGUUAGGCAUAGGGUUAAAUGUCAGGUAGACAUUUUAUCCUUCAACGAGACUUUUGAGACUUGCUGACCCUAGCGACCCACCUUGAUGGCUGUCAUUAGGUGUCAUUCAGGUUAACUCCCCACAGCAGAACCGGGCUUUACUCUGUUAUAACUACAGCUACUAGAGACUGGGGUUGAUGGCACCUGGGAGGUGCCAGGUUGUAUGUGUAUAUGUAUGUGCAUAGAAAUCUUGCUGCUUCUGUGACCUUGGUUUCCAGACUUGUCUGCAGACUAGAAUCACCCACAGAGCUUUUUAAAGUAAAAAAUGAAGACAACAUACUAGCAGGUUUAAUUUAUACACUUUGGCACUUUGGGGAAUAAGCAUGCUCUCUCUCUCUCUCUCCCUCCCUCUCUCUCUCUCUCUCUCUCUCUCUCUCUCUCUCUCUCUCUCUCUCUCUCUCUGUGUGUGUAUGUGUGUGUGUGUGUACCUGUGGAGAUCAGCUUUGGGGUGUAAUCCCUCUUCAGAUGUUGUCCUCCUUGAUUUUUAAGGCAGGGUCUCUUACCUGGCUUAGAACUUGCCAAUUAAGCUAGGCUGGCAGGUUGAGCCAUAGAGAUCUGUCUUUCUCUUUGUUGCUGAGAUUACAAGCACACAUACCACACCAGAUUUCUUUUUAACGUUGGUACUGAGAAUCGAACUCUGGUACUCAUGCUUGUAUGAGAAGCACUUUACUGACUGAGCCAUUUCUGUAGCCAAAGUCAGUAAGCUCUUCGGCUGAUUCCAGUUGCAGACAGGUUCUGCAACAGUGCUGUGUAAUGACUAUUCCAUGACUAUGGUCUGGGGAUUAUUCUCUAUGGAAUGGGGAUUGUCACAGUAACGACGGUAAUGGCCAUGUAAUGGCUGACAUCUCUAGGCCAGGCCAUCUGCCGAAUUUUUACAGAUGUGCCCACUAGUCCUUCCUCUGUUCUCUGUGGGAGGCUGGAGAAGAAAGGAGGGGCCAUAGCUUCUGACUGAUGUCUGAGGAGUUGACUGAUUGGCAGGUAGAGGCCACAGAGGCGGCUGCCGUGCUUGUCUCAUUCGCCCCUGAGAGACCACUGUGGUCAUCCCGAGUCUGAGAUUGAGGUUUCUGUUGUUGUUACCACAGCAUAACCUGUCCACAUCCUGGUGGAUAUAGCCAUCCUUUUAAUAACCACAGUGGAUUGAGAAGUCAAUAUUCAAGACCAUAUUUUUGAAAAGUUGUGCAUUGAGGGUGAGUUUAUUUUGACUUGUGGCUUGGGAGGGGAAAAGAACACAGUAAACCAGGCUAUUAAUCUUAGUCUGGUUGAUUCGUCCAUGAAAACCACUGUGUAUGUCUCAAGAAGCCAGAUUAAAUCAAUUAAUAAAGCCCUCGCUUGUGUUUUUGCAGCACUUUUCUCGGGGCAUGUCUUGGUGCUCUGUAAACCUCAUACCGUCGCUAGUGUGUCUGAUGCCUCCCAGAAGGAUGGAGGGGCAUAAGUUGGUCUGUGGGUUUCCAUCAAGUGAGAAAAGGAGCCGUGCUUGUCCAGUGGUGACGGUCUGCGGAGGGGAGCGUGGGAGAGUGCUAGGGUAGGUGGUCCUGGGAGAGCAGGAGAACUGGGCAAAAGCCAGGAAAUAGUAUUGACAGGAGCUCUGCAGCUAGCUCAGAACGACAUCAGGAACGGCAGCAUUCCCCACCACCGUGGAGACUGGAAAAGUCCAGCAAGUGGGCGUUUCUCCUUGUGUUUUUCAUCAAGCAACAAACAUCUCUCUUAACUUUUUUUUUCUUAUUUCAGUGUUGGAAAACAUUUGUGUGAUGAAGGGCAAGGUAAAGAUGAUUUCAUGGACACCCCCCCCCAUUUGUCCUGAAAAAUCAUACCAGAUACCAAACCAAGGGUUGCACAUUGCUUAUUAGUAAUUAUAAAACACACACACACACACACACACCCCAAAACAGGACUCUUGUUCAUGCCUCAGGGAGUCAAACUGAGCUUUGACCUUGAACUCAGUUGUUCUCUGGCAGUGUAGACAUGAGCACCUGUGAACUACCUGGCCUAGAUCCCAGGUCUGAUGGGGUUCGUGGUAUGGAUUGUGCUCCUUGUAAUCAGUAGACAAGUUUCUUGACACCUUGGGCCCUCAGUUUUUCAAAAUGUAAAAUAUUAAAGGUGACUUUCAAAGUUCUUGCCUUCAAAAAUUAGGGAGUUCAGUGGAAACCCAGUAGGCUGCUGUGGUUAGUUUUGUCUGUUUGAUUUGUUCUAAAAUCACCUGGGAAAAGAGCCUCAGUGAAGCGUUGUCUAGAUCGGUGAGGUCAAGUUGGCUUGUGGGCAUGUAUAUAGAUGAUGACCUUGACUUGAUUAACUAAGGAGGGGAAACCCGUCCACUGUGAGUGGCAGCAUUCCCUAGGCAGGGUUCUCCACUCCCUAAGCAGAAGAUCCUGAAUGUUGUUAGAGUGGAAAAGGCAAGCUUAGCACAGGCAUGCAUGCAUUGACUUCUUGCUCUGCUCUUUCCUGUGGAUGUAAUGGGACCAUUCCUCUCAAGUUCCUGCAGCUUUGACUUCCCUGCUUGAUGGAGGGUAACCUGGAACUGUGAGCUGAAAUAAACCCUUUUACCCCUAAGUUCGUUUUGUCAGCGCAUUUUAUCACAGCAACAGGAAAGGAGACUGAGACAUGGGCACACACAAAACCUGUUACAUGAAAAUGUUAAGCCUAGGGCUUAGGUUAAAGGUAUUUUCCUCCUCCUUUGGAGCUGAGAAAUGGAUGCUGAGUCUCUUGGAGUCUGUGCUGUUUACAUGAAACCUGUACCAGGGUUUUAGAGAGGUUCCUGGUUAAACCAGUUGAGCUUCUUUGUGACAUGGACCAUAUUGAUAUCACCCCCCCCCCCCCAUGCAGUAUCUUUAACUUGAAAUAGUAACUGUGAGAAGCUGAGUUCAUUCACACUUUUAGCUCAUGUAUGAGUUAUCCUAUUAUGUUGUUUAAAGUUAUGAAUUUCACAUGUCAGUGUCUAUAGCUAAUGACUUAAUCAUUUAGGCUUCUUGUGAGUGCUAUUCAAUUCAUUCCUCCAUGGCGCCUCAAUGAGCUCUUGGUUGUAGGGCUGGAGUGACAUUAGUCCCCAGACUGGGGUAAGUCAGCACUGAUGGCCACAGUGCUCCUGACUAGCUGGCUGCAGCUGUGUGCCAGGUACAUACUUUGUAUCAGGGACUCUACCAGAGUCAGUGCUGACUCGGGAGUACUGGGCUAGCAAGAUGGAAUGGCUUUUGCCUAGAGGAAGCUCCUAGGGUUGGAGAAACUGUCAUACCAUCACAGUAGCUGGAGGCUAUCAACAAGCACCUAGGCUUUUGAGAACACGCUCAGGAAAGGAUCUGACUUGGUUUGCUCAAUGUGGUAAAUUGCUGGACAUGGCAAAGAACCCAGGCAGGCAGCUGGGGGCUGGAGGUGCUAAAGGCAGCAUGUGGUCCCAAGUGCCAGGGGCCACCAGAGGGAGCAUCAAGAUUCAGUUGACAAACAGCAUGGCUGUGACUUAAGGACACAGCCUUCUUGGGACAUCUCCUUCCUCCCCUGACUUCUUGAAGCUGAGGCAACAAUCCCCACUUUUGAAGUUUACAGGGUGUUUUUCAUCUUUAUCAUUUGUCACUUGCAAGGCCCUGUACCGGAGUAAGAUAGUGUAUCUUUCAUCCCUGGAAGGAAAGGGGUCUCCGUGCAGCUCUGGGUGGCCCCCUAGCAGUGUGUGGCACGGGCUGGAAUGUGGUGGGUACAUGUUUAAAGAAAUAUCUGCAGCUCAUCCGUGAGCUUCUGACUGUGGGACUCUAAUCAAUCGCAACUGCAGCCAUAGGUCACAAAGCACAUAGGGACUCGGAAUAGUAGCAUGUGACAGCCCCAAGUGCAUGUUUGUGCAUAGAGUCACUGAAGCUUCAAUUGACCGAGGCAAUUAAUGGGGGGAAAUGGUGUGCACCUGGGAGUGGUUUAAUAGAUAUUAACUUGUAAUUAAAACUUUCAGGUAAAUUGGCUUUUCUUCAGUGGUGUCAUAUUACCUACUUUUCUUUCCUCCCCUGUGGUCCUGUUUCCAUUAAUAGAUUACCAGCCCCGAGUCUUCUCUGUGCUGCUGGCUCUCUUCAAUGCUGUGUGCUUCCUUCCAGAUCUUUCCGUAUCCCUUGGCCCUGUCUGUGUUUGCCUGCCUACAGCCUUCCCAUCCCAGUUACCAUCCUUUGAACAAUGGGCCUUUCAAGACAUUAAAGGGUUCAUCCCUACUCCCACCCUGUUAUCACAGAAUUUUAACUUCUCUGGUGGUUCCUACCACAAUUUCCCCACAGAUCAGGAUAGAUACUGUAUAUACAGAUUACACCCUAUGAUAUAAGCGAUUUUGCACUUUAUUCUUUUCACUUACUAGCCAUACGUUUUGUUUUUGUUUUGAGUUAAGGUCUCAGAAAUUGAGGUUGGCCUUGAACUCAGUUUAUAAUAGCUGGGAUGACCCUGAACUUCGGAUACUCCUGUCUCUACCUCCUAACUGCUAGGAUUAGACUAGUGUGCAUCACCCUGCCCAGUUUAUGUGGUAUUCAGGAUUGAAACCAAGGCUUCCUACCUAAAUGCUAGGCAAGCACUUUAGAAAGGAAGCUAUUUUCCCACCUUCCAAUAACCAUAAAGCUUUUUUAAAAGUUGAAAGAUUUAAAAAAAAGAUAUUUUACACAUGUGAAUGUUUUGCCUGCAUAUAUGUACAUGUACUACAUAUGUGCUGUAGAGGUCAGAAGGAGGCGGCACUGAAGAUAUGGACAGUUGAAAUCUUCUAUGUGGGUGAACUUCACCAGGGUCCUCUACAAGAGCAGUGGGUUGCCCUUAACCACUGAGCUGUCUCUUCAGCCCCAAUACUCAGACAUUUUAAAUCAGUAAAUGAACUCCUGCUGUGUGUCAGGCAUUGUUUUAGGGGACAAACCAGCACAAAGCAGGUGUUAUCGAUCUAGGUCUAGUUCUUGGAGAGAGACAGAAGACAUUCUGUGUGCUUUCUCAGGAGGUAUGGACAUGGGAAGAAAAGGUAUGUCUGGAGACAAGUCAUCAAGCAUCUUCUGAUGUUACAGUGCACUUACUAACCACAUCAGAUCUUUGCUGUCAGCACCCUGGAGUGUAUUUGGAGUGUCCGGACUAUGAAUAUAUGUACAGAGAAUGCGUGACUCAUGGAGGACAAACUCUUUACUCAGAGAUGAGCAAGCAGAUUCAAGGAAAAGAAAUGCCUUUGCUCAAGACCUGGUAGUUAGGAUAGUUUCCAUUCGUUCUAAAGUUUCUCUUAGAACCCUAUUGUGCCACUUCCCUCGGAAGAUCAUUUUUAUUUCUGUAAAUAAUACUGCAAUGAGCACUUUAUACCAGCACCACCCGAGUGAAAAUAAUCCGUUCACAAAUACUGAAACCAAAAGGAAAGGCCGUUAUUGACUGAGUUCUUCCAUUUGCCAGGUACUGUGCUGCGUCUCUGGCAGCAAGUGUCUGCACGUCCCUCUCUUUUCAGGCGAGCAAAACAUUCAGGCCUGGCCGAGCCCUGACCGACUCGGAGCCUGUGUCGACAACCUUCCAAGUCUGAACAUGAACAUAGGAAUGUCAGAAACCAUCAGUUUCAGUUACUUUUCGCCUUUGACAAAAUACCUGGCCGAGAAGGGAGGGUUUGUUCUGGAUCACAGGCUGAAGUCACAAUCCAUUGUGGCGAGGAUCUGAUGGCAGCUGGAGCCUGAGAUAGCUACACAUAGUACAUCUGCAGUCAGGGAGCAGAGGUGAACGAUGCUGUUCAAUUUGUAGCGUGUCCUUUUUAUUCAAUAUGAGACCCCAGCCCAUGAGCUAGUACCACACACCUGCAGCGUGGAUCGUUCCUCUUCUGAGGAAGGAAACACCGUUGCAGACAUUCAAGCUCUGUUGGGCUUUAACUGUAUGUAACUGCUCUUCUUCUCGCAAAGGCCGAAGACAGUUUGAAUAUUGAUACUCCCAUUUGUUCCUGUAAUUUUGCCCAAUCAUCACUAGAGCAAUUAUUAGGGUGAAGGUUAGGUCAGAAACGGAGCCUGGACAGUGAGGGAUUUGGCUAAUUCUGGCUGAAAGAACAGGAGAAAGUGCCGGGCGGUGAUGGCGCACACCUUUAAUCCCAGCGCUUGGGAGGCAGAGGCAGGCAGAUCUCUGAGUUCGAGGCCAGCCUGGUCUACAAAGUGAGUUCCAGGACAGCCAGAGAUACACAGAGAAACCCUGUCUCAAAAAAAAAAAAAAAAAGAAAAAAAAAAGAAAAGGAGAAAGUGAGGAAGGCGGGCCUUCCUGCAGAUAGACAAACUCUUUGUUCUUGACUUUCUUCAUCUAAAGUCGAGCAGAAGUAGAAAACUCUCAUGAUGGUGCUGGAAGGCCGAGUAUGAAAUGGGCGGCAGUCGUUCUGUGGACAGCAGCAGGAUUGGGAGGCAGUGGGCCUGUCACUCUUCUUUUGUGUGUGUGUGUGUGUGUGUGUGUGUGUGUGUGUGUGUAAGCAUGAGAUUUCUGUAAAAUGCAUUUUAAAAUGUUUUAAAAUGUCAUUGAUAAAUAGGUGGCUUUGGCUACAGCAAGGAUUUUCUUGUUUUACAGGGAAAGCUGUGUUUUAAUUUUUGUUUUUUACAUUGUGUGUGCGCGUGUAACGUAUGUACAAUAUAGCAUGUGUGGAGGUCAGAAGACAACUUUCGAGAAGUCGGUUCCCUCUCUGCCUUGUGAGUCCCAGGAGUUGAACUCAGGUGGUCAAGCGUGUUAUUCUUUCCCUCCAAGUCAUCUCACCAGCCCAGACAGAGCUCAUGAUGCCAAGGGUGUGCUGUGGAGGUGGGUGGAAGGGACAGCAAAGAUUAGGGGUGUGGUGACAGUGGAGUGAGGCUCCGAAAUGAAUGGCCAAUCCAGACACCUUCCUUUCCCAUUGCUCUGCUGCUGUCCGAGAUCUCAUGUCAUCUUGUCCCUUCCUAAAGGUGACAGAACCCCAACCUGUGUCCUAGCUUAGGGAGGGCAUGUGAUCAUCGGGCCUAAAAGGCCCAGUGAGUGGUUCUUUGCGCAGCGGGAUUGCACCCUCGGUUGAAAGAUGCGCAUCCUGAGGGAGCAUGCCUCUUGAAUGUUCCGGCAGUCACCAAGUCUGCAGACAGAGCAGUGGGCUUUGAACUUCACACUGUGUGUCGUAUCAGCUGCUCUGUGCCAGCCUACCCCUCAUGGGAAAAGCUUUGCCUUGGCUUAGAGGGGGGAAAGGACAGUGUGUACAGAAGAGCUUUCCUUCUUUUUCCAUUUCAAAUCUUGGCACAAAAAACAUGCUUGCCGUUCCUCUUGCAAGUCUCAGCCGCAGAUCUCUGUGCUGAAGACUGUGCCGUCGUCGUCCCCUCCAAUUUCAGCUUUCCCAGUGACACACAGUUUGCUGCUUUGGGUGGUGGGGCUGCUAAUAACUCCAGGUGGUGAAUGGGUGGUAGGGAGUACAGCUGUGUGGAAAUACAGCACGGAAGAGAUACAAAUACGGGGAGAAAAUGGGAGCCCGUCAGGAGGUUGGUGCAUUGAUAAGGCCUUUUGCUUUCCUUGAUGUUGAAGAAAGCCCUCUGUUAUCUUACCUCAGACUCAACUGGUUACUUAUUUCAUGCUGUGUCUAUAUGGUGAACUAUUAUUAUAUAGCCUCUAACAGUGAUGUACGUUCAUUGAGCAGGGGUAGCUAAGAUAUGCUGUGCGGUAGAACAUAGCAGAUUAGUAUUCAUAUAUGAGCCAUUCUUACAAAAAUAUUCUAUCUUUAUAUAGAUACAUAAUAACAUUUGGAAGGGUAUCCAUAUGAUGUGGGUGGUUGGAUCAUGAGUAUUUAUAUAUUUUUCUUUUUGCUCAUAUGUAUUUUCAAAUUUUUGCUUCAGUCAACAUAUUACUCACAAAGUGGAAAAAAAAAUGGUAUGGAGGUCCACAGCAUCUCAGUUACUGCCCAGCCUUUUACGUGUGGGGAGUCUUCUAGCAAUUGGGUAUUGUAGCAGGGAGUGCGGCAGAGCCCACUUCCUCUUCCUCUUCUUGUUCCUCCUCCUUCUCCUCCUCUUCUUCCUCUUCUUCUUUUUAAGCUAAGAAUCAUUAAAAAUGACAGUUUAUGAAAGUUAAGUGCUCUGAAGGUGAAUGAAAGGAAGUAAGUAGGGUUUCACCUUUAGGAAGGAGUCUGGGAGAAAUUUUUGCGGCAGAGAGCUGAGACACAGUCAUGGGGAGAGAAAGCAGAUGUACAGUUCUGAGAUGUCACAGCUGAUGCAGGACAGUGGGGUCCUUUUUCCUUGAUGUCGUUCACAAAGAGAGCUGGAACAAGAGCCUUCAACACCUCCUGUGAGAAAUGUGUUCCACUUGGAAAUGUGACUGGGACUCAUAUACAGACCUUUAACUUAAGGGGAUCUUGGUCACGAGGACAUCAGGGGCUUCAGAGGGCUGGUUAAGGUUUUGUUAAAUAGCAGGAAGGUCUUGGGUGUGAUAGGGUGGCUUCAUCUUUGGUUCUUUUGAAAUGGCAGUUCUGACGUCUUUGUCCAAUGUGAAAUGAGCUUCCAGCCCUAUCCCAGGCUUCACUGUCUGCUCUCAUCAAAUAUUCAUUGGCUCCUUGUCCACUGGGGGACUGUGGAGUCUGCUUGGAAGCCCAGGCUAUGGAGGAGAUGGUUGGGAGGAGCCUCUGGUCUGGAAGAUUCCCUGUUUUGCUUAUCCCAGGAAGAAGGGAGAAAUUAUCCAGCAGGUUUUGAAUCUGACCUGGCUGCAUCCAGAUCUUGAGGUGGCUUUGGCUCUGCUGUUAGCCAGUGCUAUACAAGAGUACCGUGUGGGACAACGAGCCCAGUCCUUGACUGUCAGAGAGGUGGGAAGGCGAGAAAGAUGCUCUCCUCCUGAGUGUGCACGUCAGGUGGGUUGUAAGGCAACUGGGUAAUGUAGCUUAGAAACCAUAAACGUGUUUAGAUUCUUGGACCCAGCAAUUAUAAUCCAGGGAAUUUAUGUGGUCACCACUCAUCCUCAAAUAGUGGAACAACCAAAGCCUAGAUGGCUGCCCCAGCAGCAACAGUUAAUAAGGACAACUCUUUGGGGGUCAGAAAGUGCCUUGCUGGACAGUGGAUUCUUAUCCCCAGGGGCCAGGUAGGAAAUGGGAGGUUGGAGAUCCUGAGUGAAUGAAUGGUGCACUUGGGCUCUGCACUCUGGUGUGUACUUCCUUGUCCUGUGGCAUUGCCUGGAAAUGCAGGGUGCAGAGGCAGGAAUCAGGAAGUUGUCAGGAAGGAAGAGAGACAGUUAGACAGUGUUGGAGAAACUGACACUGCAAGAGGUUGAAUUAGUGUAAUUCCGAGAGCGGGCUCUGAGCCUGACCAGGCUGUACACUCCAGAGUUUUGAAGUGGCUUUGGCUCUGUUAUUACCCUGUGUCUCCCAAGAAUGCACGUGGGGCGGCGAAUGGAUGAAUGAAAGAAAGACAAAGGGAUGAGAACAUGGACAGCAGCUUCUGUAGGGAAUUAGACAUCAGGAAGGGGUCCGUUCCCCCCCCCCCCUAGAGUUGUGCAGCGUCUACAUAUAAUUCAGUUGCACAAACCUCUUCUCACUAGGGAGUGUUGUAGUCUGCUGGCCCUGAGGCCACACUUUUCCAAAACCCUUUACCUAAAGGCUCUUUCUCCUGGCUUCGCUCCGCCCUUGAAAAAAAAAAGCCCCAUUGUGAGCAGGUCUAGGGUCAGCUGGCAUAUUGGAUAUGGACACAUAGCAGUGGAAGGGAACUGAGCUAUUGCAGUGUGAUGAAAUACUCUGAGGCUGUUAAAUGCUAAGUGCAUCUGUGGGGAAAGAGGAGAAAGGCUUGGGAAAUAGUUAAUGCUCAUCUCGAGAUAGCAGUUAAGGCCGUGUGUUAAGGCCUGCGUGGGUGAAGGUUAGAGGAGAGGCAUGGACACCUGGUAAAGGUAGCUGGGGUCUGAUGGAGACGCCAUCCAUGUAGUGUCCUCAGCUAAGAGCCCUUUGGUUGCUGUCCCUACAACUCUGGUUUUCUUUGACCCCAGUUCCAAUCAGUUAUAAACCCAGGGAAAUACAUGACUACAUAUCUUAAUUUUAGCAUUUAUUCUUUGCUUGGCUCGGGAGUGAUAUCUACAGGACCUUGAACAUGCCAGCCAAGUGUUCUACAACUAAGCCACCCCCCAGCUCCAGACUGUUGUCAACUUGGACCCCUCCAGAGCCUCUCUGCUGGCCUCCUGGCCUCUAUUGUCUCCCACAGUGGGUCCAUUUGGACAUCCUGUACCAAGUGGUCUUGAUAGGAAAUAUAUCAGAUUCUGUUUCUCCCUUCGUUACAAGUAUCUUUUCCUGUCACUGUGUUAAGAUUUGCGGUGGCUUUGGCUUUUUAUUGUCCUUCUCUCCUAUCCCAGAUGUCUCACAGACUUCUCUUGCUCCCUUGCUGCCCCGUUUUCUUGCCUCAGUUCCUCAGGACCAACUCUAAAGGUCCCCCAGCUUUGGCAAAACCUUCAGAGCUGUUCCAAGCAGAGAUGGCUCCUUCUUACAACAUACAUUACAACAUUCUCUGUUACAAUUUCCAAGCUCUUGCUCUUUUAUAGAAACCUCCAGAGACCUCAAAGAGGGACCAUGUGUUCUCUACCUCAGACCUUCCCAUGAAUCCUGGGAUAUAGUAGAAGGGAUAGCACAAAACGUUGAUUGAACCCAACAGUUUAUCUUAAUGUUAUAAAGAUUUAUUCAUUUUCAUUUGUGUGUAUGUGUACAUACACAUAGGUGUAAGCAUGUGGAUACAGGUGCCUGUGAAAAGCCUGAGAGUGUCAGAUUUCUUAGGAGUGGAAAAUGGAAGGCAGUUGUGAGUGGCCUGAUGUGAGUGAUGGAUCCUGAUACACAAACACACACACACACACACACACACACACACACACACACACACACACAUACACAUUAACACAUGCACGCACACAAACGUGCACACACACAUGCACACACACAAACAGGCACACACACACACACACAUGCACACAGACAUACACGCACACUCACACACGCAUGCACACACACACACAUCCUCUGUAAGAACAGUUAAGUGUUCCUAACUGCCGAGCGUCCCUUUAGCUCUGUCAUCAUCGUCGUCGUGCUUUGAAAUUUGAGAAGUAGACAGAGUGUAGUAUAUAUAUGUGGAGAAUCAGACAGAUCUCGGAGCUGACAGAUUGCGUUCGAAUCCUGGAACUGUCACAUACUGAACCCCGCAUUCCUCAUUUACAAAGCGGACAUGAAAACAGUACCAGAUGGGUGUCUAUGAAAAGCAAAGGAGGAAAUGCAAGUCAAAGGCUGCGUACAAUGCUUGGCACCGUGUAAGUAGUGAGAGGAUUCCAGAGAUCUGAGGUAGUGGCCCUGACUGCAGCGUCUCUGACUGGCCAGGCCUCUUUUGCCAACGUCUUCCCGGUGUCCUUCUGCUUGCUUUUGUAAUCUAAAACUUCUAAACCUUUGGCCUCAGCUGAAUGAAAUGUGAUUGUGGUGAGGCAGAAGGGGGGAGAAAGAACUGUGGAAGAAGAAAUUUAGCCUUUCUUGUAGGGGGCUUGUUUCCUGAGCCAGCUUUCUGCACAUGGGCAAUGGUGGAGCUUGCUUGUGUUUCUCGCUAUGUCCAGAAAAUGGGUCCUGGGUCGAUGAGGGGGAAGCUGCUCAGAAAGGAGCCUUUUGUGCUCUCAGCAGACCUGUCUCAUUGUUUUUAGUCACCAGCCAACUCUUUUCAGAGUAUAAGCACCUCAGGGCCAAUGUCCACUUCUGAUUCCCACAGAUAGCAUUAAGGCCAGUGGGUGAAGACUGUAGCGAAGUGUUCCUUAUGGUUGGAGGUGUUCCAGCUAAACUGGAUGUUCAUGGGAGAGAUUUCUGCAGUUGUUGUGUGGUUGCUUAGAGGGACCAGUCAGAUACAUGGUGUUACAUUCGUGGGCCAAUGAAUACCAGUGUGUGUCAGGUAAAUGGAGCAAGCCUUAUUGGAUGGUGAGGAUAGUUUAAUAAAAAAUGAUGAAAACCCGAUGUAGUGUUGAGUCCAAAGCCUCCUGAAGUAUAAAGAUCUGAGAUCUAGGAUUCUUGCCCUCAAUGUACAACCCCCACCCCAGGCUCUCCUGGAUUGCAUACCAUAUUGUCUUCAUGAAACUGAAGAGGCAGACAGGCUUACUACAGUAGAAGACACCAGAUUGAGUUAACUGGCUACAUUUAUCAAGGCCAGCGGUUCUUAAAUGAUGAGUGUUGGGAGUAAAGGGUAGGCUUGUGGGUUCGAACUGCCCCUAAGUUCAUGAGUUGGAAAAUCAUAUGCAGAUUUGUGUCUAUAUAUGCAUCCUCCUAAGGAGAAAAAAAGAAAGUCCAUACUUUCAUGGGAUUUUUCAGUUGGGGUCUUAACCCCCAAAAUGCUCAAAACCUUACUUUCAUCUUAGUGCUGUGCUCAGAAAACUAAAUAUAGUUAUGGGAGAGGUAAUUGUGCUAAACGUUUAUAUUUCCCUGCUAGUGCUCCGAGUUUUACAGCAGGAUUCGAAUGAACUAGUAGAUGAGACCUUUUUUUGUGUGUUCAGAGGGGAAGGGAGCAUUUAUUUGCCGAGAGUGACAGUAGGAUUAGAAAAGUAAUUAAGUGGUGUAGCUCUACAUCACAUCAGAAUUACAGCCCACUCGACGUUUCUGGAGUCGACGACCCCAGAACAAGGGUCUGAUUUAUCUAAAAAGACUGCCUGUGGUAAGCCACGUUAUCAAGUGAGUCUCAUUUCUGUUCCCAGACUGAUCAUUUAACACCUCCCAAGGGCGUCUCUGCGAUAGCAUCGCAGGCGAUAACGGAGCUUCUCCCUAGGCCCUGGGGAGCCUGCCUAGUGCCAGAGCUGCCUCUGGAAGCGCGCGCGAGAGGCUCAGUACCAGGCCCGAGGGGAAAGGCUUGCUGCCAGGAGCCAGACCUCUCCAGGUGCGGGAUGCUGGAAUGUGGCGUCUCCCUGGGUAAUUAGCUCAGAGCCUUGGUCUCUUUUUGAGCUUGUACUUGUUCACCGCCGCAGUAAGACCCUGGCAACCUCCCGAACGCCGCCUCCCGCGAAGGUGCUGCCCCUUUAAGGGAGGGCGUGGUCUCGUAUGGCGUGGCCGCGCCCCCCGGCUUUCCUUGGGGCGCGCCGGACCACCUGUCUCCGGCCGCGCCCCGCCCCUUUCCCGAGGGGUGGGAGAAGAGGGCGGGGAGGACGGUCCAGGCUUUACCUUGCGCAGCGGUCGCGCGGCGCAUGCGCACGGCCGGACAGGUCCGCGGCGCCCUCACUUCCUGGCACUCCCCCUCCCCCCUUCGCCGUUACCCUGUACAUCCGGGUCUCUUGCCCUCCCCACUCCAAGCCGCCGUCGCCGCUGUCGCCUGGCUCUUCGCGGCUCCGCCAGAGGGGCAGGUGCGGAGGGGCUCCCGGUCCGGCCGCCGCCGCCGCCGCCCCGCUCCGGGCCCGGGGCUCCCCCUAGCGCCGUGACGAGCCGCCGGCGGCCGAGAGAAGCGCGGCCGAGUGCCCGAGCUCGCGGCGGAUAGAAGGACAAGGACAAAAUCACCAGCACUGGCUGAAGGUUUGCUGGCAUGGGUAAUCUCAUUAAGGUGCUAACCAGGGACAUAGACCACAAUGCAGCACAUUUUUUCUUGGACUUUGAAAGUACCUUAACAUGGGGAAUCUUCUUAAAGUUUUGACAUGCACAGACCUUGAGCAGGGGCCAAAUUUUUUCCUUGAUUUUGAAAAUGCCCAGCCUACAGAGUCUGAGAAGGAAAUAUAUAAUCAGGUGAAUGUAGUGUUAAAAGAUGCAGAAGGCAUCUUGGAGGAUUUGCAGUCAUACAGAGGAGCUGGCCACGAAAUACGAGAGGCAAUCCAGCAUCCAGCCGAUGAGAAGUUGCAAGAGAAGGCGUGGGGUGCAGUCGUGCCACUAGUAGGCAAAUUAAAGAAGUUUUACGAAUUUUCUCAGAGACUAGAAGCAGCACUAAGAGGCCUUCUGGGAGCCUUGACUAGUACGCCAUACUCGCCCACCCAACAUCUAGAGCGAGAGCAGGCUCUCGCUAAACAGUUUGCAGAGAUUCUUCACUUCACACUCCGGUUUGAUGAGCUCAAGAUGACAAAUCCUGCCAUACAAAAUGACUUCAGCUACUACAGAAGAACAUUGAGUCGUAUGAGAAUUAAUAAUGUCCCGGCAGAAGGAGAAAAUGAAGUAAAUAAUGAAUUGGCAAAUCGAAUGUCAUUGUUUUACGCUGAGGCCACCCCAAUGCUGAAAACCUUAAGUGAUGCAACAACAAAAUUUGUAUCGGAGAAUAAAAAUUUGCCAAUAGAAAAUACCACAGAUUGUUUAAGCACCAUGGCAAGUGUAUGCAGAGUCAUGCUGGAGACACCGGAAUACAGAAGCAGAUUUACCAAUGAAGAGACAGUAUCAUUCUGCUUGAGGGUAAUGGUGGGUGUCAUAAUACUCUAUGACCACGUCCAUCCAGUGGGAGCAUUUGCCAAAACUUCUAAGAUUGAUAUGAAAGGUUGUAUCAAAGUUCUUAAGGACCAACCUCCUAAUAGUGUAGAAGGUCUUCUCAAUGCUCUCAGGUACACAACAAAACAUUUGAAUGAUGAGACUACCUCCAAGCAAAUUAGGUCCAUGCUGCAGUAAGAGCUGUGGAGCAAGCCCCUACUGCAGAUGGAGCACACAGUGUUCUUCAGUGACCGAGAAUGCACAGUCUUAGUGAAUGCCAUCAAAUCUCCUUAUUCUUGCUUUGGUUUCUUUCCUCUGUUCCUCUUCCCACUUUUUAAAUCAUGUUCUUGUUCUUAAGACUUCUUUUCUGUGCCAAAAUCAGUAAAGUUAUACUUUGAAAGGGAUUUUGUCCUUUCAAAACAGGCCAUCUAAGGCAGCUAAUUACGCAUUGCAUUGAGGUCUCUACUGAGAAAAGUUCUGUGACUUGAACUAAAUAUUUUUAAAUGUGGAUUUUUUUUGAAAACUAAUAUUUAAUAUUGCUUCUCCUGCAUGGCGAAACUGCCUAUUCUGCUAUUUAAAACCCUCAUAAAUUUAUUUUCUACUGCCGCUUUUUCAUGUGCAGCCAAAAUGGAAAUGUUUAAAUUAACUGUGUUGUACAAAUGGUACCCAACACAAAACCUUUUUUAAAUUAGUAAGACUUUGUUUAAAGUUUUAAGUUUGCAGGUUGACUUUUUUUUUAAGGUUGUAUGUUGUGUGUUUAACAUUUAUUAACUAACGUUAAAAACUGUGAUGUGUGCGUAGAAUAUUACGUAUGCAUGUUCAUGUUUAAGAAUGGCUGUUGAUAAAAUAAAAAUCAGCUUUCCUUUUUCUAA